AUGAAGUUCGCCACCCUCCUCUCCGCCACCUCUCUGCUCACCCUCGCAUCCAGCACCCCUCUCGCCCUCUACCGACGCGACAACGCGACUAUCCCCUCCUGCGCCGAGGACUGCUUCAACACUGUCGACACUGUCGGGUCUUCCUGUGAUGAUGGAGACGUUGCCUGCUACUGUACCGACGAGCAAGUCGUCGGCUACCUCAGAUCGUGUCUGAGCGCUAGCUGCAGCACUUCCAACGUUACCAACGCAGUGAUCGCCGGUGAAGAGAUCUGCAGUGCCCACGGCGUCGAUGUCUCCAUGUCUGACGACGGCACCAUCUCUGCUACCACGACCAACAGCGCCAUCGCCCAGGCGACCAACUCGUCUUCCGCUUCCGGCGCGUCUUCUACUAGCGAAUGGUCUAGCGCGAGCGAGUCUUCCGCCCUGAGUGCUGCCUUGUCCUCUUCGACUACCGCUUUGGAGAGCUCGGCGGCUGGGUCUGCGUCCAGCUCGGUGUCUGCUACUGCCUCGGGGACUAGCGCGACUAUUUCUGCUUCUAGCGAGGCCUCUUCUUCAGAGACUGACUCUUCGAGCGCACUUUCCACCGCGUCUCAAAGCUCUGCCUCUGCCGCGAGUUCCGGAGCUAGCUCUUCCUCCGCCGCCUCCGCUUCCGGCACCUCCCCCACCACCAUCUCCAGGGCAUCUUCAGCUUCUGCCGUUUCUAGCGCCGCCGGAUCUUCCGGCACCGCCAUGUCAUCCGCCUCUGGCUUUUCUUCUGCCGUCAGCUCCAGCACCGGCUCAUCCACUGCGGGCUCCGGCCUCGCUGCUGCAAACUCUUCCUCCUCCUCCUCCUCCUCCUCCUCCAGCGCUGGACGUCUGGUGGCUGGUCCCGCCGUGCUCGUGGCUGGUAUCUUUGGCGCCUUGAUGGUCUUGUAA